UGAAGUUGCCCUCUAUCAAAAUCAACUUUGAUCUCAACAUUGUGGAGAGAAAACCAUAUAAUGAGUUAUAUAUCAAAUCCAAUGGAUUAUUUAAACGAAGCAGGAAUUUUUGAUUGGGACACGAUAUUGUAUAAAGCUUGGCCUGCCAGUUUGACCUAUGUUUUACAGAAUUAUUUGGUGACAAUAAUAAUAGUUUCUAUAGUUUCUGUAGCAGGCCUUUUGUGGUUUAUAUAUGCCUUUCGUAAUAUCAAGACCAAAGUUGAAAAAGUCACUGCCAGAAUGAUGGAUCCUUCGAGACCAAGAUUCAGAAAAAGAGACAAAGUUUUGUUUUAUGGUAGAAAAAUGCUCAGAAAGGUUCGUUCAUUUUCUCGUGAAGCUACUGGGGGAAGAACUAGACUUAAAAAACGACAAGUGGUAUUACGGUUUGCUAAAAGGCUUCUCCGUAUUAAGAGAGAGCAGCCCUUGACCCUACAGGUAAAGGAACCAUCACAAGCCUUUCUAGAGGAAGACAUCAGUGACCAGGGAGAAACACGACUACCUCCAGAAGUUAUCUAUAUGUUGAAGAGCAUUAGGGUUUUUGGAUUUUUUGAAAAGCCUCUUUUCUUAGAAUUGUGCAAGCACAUUGAAUCCCGAUUCAUUUCUUCAGGACAGCUUCUCUUUUCUAUUGGUGAUCAAGAUGAUAGUAUCUAUGUAGUACAAAGUGGGAGGUUAUCAGUAUUUAUUACUGAACAUGAUGGUACUGAGUUGUUACUUAAAGAUGUGACUUCAGGAGAAAGUAUUGCUAGUCUGCUAAGUAUAAUGGAUGUUCUGAGUGGCCAUCAAGCUGAUUUUAAAACUGUUUCAGCAAGAGCUGUUGAAGACACAUCUGUACUAAGGUACCCACAUUCUGUGAAUAAACGCCACCCACUACCUACAUCACCUAAAUUUAGCCCUUCAAGACAGCAUUCUCUCAAAACGUCUUCAUCUCAUGAUGAAAAAGAAAGUCCUACUAAACCUAUCAUAGCUCCACUUGGAGAAAAUUCUUUUGUAGAAAAGACAGUGACUUUUGCUGGGUACUCUGGUAUGUUUGGAAUUUUGUUUGGUUUUUAA